AAAUGGCAAAUCUAGGCUUGAGAUUAAAUAGGAACUAUUUCUUAAUUAUGCGAGUAGGCUUCCUAGACUUCGGCAGCUUACUGCAGAUAAAUUUGCUGCAUCUGGAAAUGAAUUUCCUUGAUUAUAAGGCGUGCAUUGGCUUUUAAUGGGAAUAAAUAAUUCAAUGUUUUCUCCAAAGGGGAAGCACUCUAAAUGGCUGCAAUGUGGACGAGGAGUGUCUCGUAAAAGGAAACACGAAGAACCCUGUGAGUUUUCAGAUACUUAGCGAAGUGGCAUCCCAUUUUGGACAUGUCUGCUGUUCAGGUGAGAACUAUUGCACCCCUCGUGGUCUCUCAGGAGUGAGCCGGAACGCUCUGAAAACAGCUAGCAAAGCCUUAAGCCCCAUGGCAACUAAUCUGCAUCAAAUGUGCAGGAGCAAGACUUUUGCUCGCCUUCGAUAUGCGCCGACAUGAAGCAAGGGGAAGGUGGCCCUCAGGCACUGGCUAAGGUUUCUGCUCUGCCUGGCAAUCAUUAAUUGUCCCACUGAAGGAUGCAGGACAAUGGCAGCACCAGAAGGACAGCCCAGUCCCGCCGGGACCAGCGCUAACUGCUUCUGCGUGGAAAAAGGGUGUGUUGUUUGGGGUCUUUUUUGUGUAUAGCACAUUGGAAUGAUGUUCCUUUGGGAAGGGCGGGGAUCCCUGACUCCAGGCUCACUCCAUCUCAGUGCAGGAAGUCAGAGCAUAGGUCUGUCUCAAGAAUUUCCAAAAGCUCAAAGCGCUUCUUGCCCAGCCAACAUGAAGCAAGCAGCUUUUUGGAAUACUCUGGAAUAUACCUGCCGACUUUUGGGAAUCUCCACUGGAGCAGUGCUUAUUGGCGUUGGCACAGACACACUGCUCCUGGGUCAGUUCAAGAGCCUGGCUGUCUAUUUGCUCGUUUCAGGGAUAGCCGUGUCCCUGUGCGAAGCAGCAUACUUUGUGGGCCUGCUCUUGACCGCUUGCUGCACCCCCAAGACGGGAUCUGGGAUGCACACUUGCUGGAAGCACGCCAGACGUCGGGGGGCCUUCCAGAAGUUUCUGAUGUAUGUUUUGCUCUCAGUAGCCUGCUUCCUGCACCCUGUCAUAGUUUGGCACGUCACUAUCCCAGGCACGAUGCUGGUGGUCACCGGCUUCACCUACUUCCUGCUCAGUAAGCAACAGAAAGAAACGAGAACACCUGGAGAAGAACAAUACACGGAUUCCCAAAGCGCAGCUGUAGCUAUGACGGAUGCAGGCGACACUGAGCAAACCUACACCUUCCCCAGGGGAGCACCUCGAGGGCAACGCAACUCCCUUCUUGGGUUUCUGAGGAGCUUCUUCAAAAGCUGCAAGAAGCUGGAUACCGUGGGCCUCUUCGAGCUCACCGCCACAAGGAGGCAGGUGCACUUUGAAGAGAAGGUGGUGAACAUCAUUCUUUCUGUCAAAGAAAGCCCAGAAGAGCAGGAGAUCUUGGCUGAGGAAACCACAUCUGACAUGGCUCCCAUCCUUCCGCCCCAGUUGUGACAGCCUACAGCGGAGACAGCAACAGCAAGAACGGGCUCUUUCUGCUUCUCUAUGAUUCUAGUGUUUGCUGCAGAGACACCUGGAGGCAACUUGUAGAAUAAACCUCCCAGCUUUGGUUUAGGCCAGGGGUAGGCAACCUAAGGCCCGUGAGCCGGAUGCGGCCCAAUCGCCUUCUCAAUCCGGUCCAUGGAUGG